CGUCUGGAUGAGAGCAGAGGAGAUACCAAAAUUAGUGCGGUAGUUCUUCCCUUUUGAAAGAAUUUCUUGACAGAUAUCACCAUGGCUGAAGAGGAAAGAGUCUCAAACGAGCUAGUAGUAUCCGACCCGAAUCCCUGCCCUAUUUGCCUAGGACCUGCGAUCGAGGAAUCAUACUUGGAUCAAUGCUUCCAUAAGUUUUGCUACAACUGCAUUCAGCGUUGGACAAAUGUGGCUGCUAGCAAGGACUCUUGUCGGCCUGCUUCGGUAAAGUGCCCUAUAUGUAAGGCACAAAAUUUUUCAAUCAUACAUGGAUAUGAUGGAUUUUCUUUUCAAAGGUAUUAUCUUGGUCAGGAUCGUGGGAAUAGAGCAUUUUUCACAAGAUCUCACAAGUACAGAUUACAAUGCUAUUACACUGAAUCAGGUGCUUUAGCUGACAAAUUGAAGGUAAUGCGAUAUUGGAAGUUGCACAAGUAUCGCCAACCUGCUCUUCAGCUUUACAAUUGGCUGACAAGAGAAGUCCAAGCAUUAACACAGGAAGAAGAUGUUGAUAUAAUUGUGCAUCACUUAUAUGGUGUUAUUGAAUCCUUCAAGAGAAACAAGGAGACCCAUAUUCAAAGGACCCCGGAAGCAAAUCGGCAAGAAUUCAAAGUUUUGGUGUCUGAAGCAGCGAUGCCUUUCCUGACGGGUAGAACAGAUCGUUUUGUCGAUGAGCUGGAACUGUUUCUAGCCUCGGAGUUGACAAUCGGUGCAUUUGACCAAGUUUAUGUCCAGCAUUUGGGCUGGCAACAUCUUGGAAUAACUGAAGAUGCAGAGGUAGGUGAAGUUGAAAGUUACUCAACUCCAAACUUGUUUUUCUUUGAUGUGGACUGUGAUGAAAAUGGAUAAACUUACAAAAAAAACUUACUCCCUCCGUCCCCAAAAAGAUUACCAGAAUUUGAAUUUUUUUGGCAAAGUAUCAAACCGUGUAACCCUUUAGUGUGAAUCUAGAACAGCAACAACAAAAUAGUGUACAUUCCUAGCUCUGCAUGGGUUUGUAGGGGCAUGAGGUAUGUUGCAUUUCCCCAGUAAAAAAAUAAAAGGGUGUUUCUAUU